AUGCCAGAAGCAACGAUUAUUGUUAUAGAUACAUCGGAUUAUAUGAGAAAUGGAGAUUAUACCCCAAGUCGAAUGGAAGCACAGAUUGAAGCAGUUCAAUCAAUUACUUCAGGAAGACUAAGAAAAAAUCCAGAAAAUCAUGUUGGUUUUAUUGCUGCUGGAAGUGAAUCAAAGAGAAUACUUGUUACUCUUACAAAUGACUUUGGAAAAAUUUUAAGUGGAUUACAUGAAACUAAAAUUGGUGGUUCAAGUGAUUUUAAACAAGCAUUAUUAGUAGCUAAAUUAGCACUUGCUAAUAGAGUUGACAAAAUAUAUACACAAAGAAUCAUUUUAUUUGUUGGAUCACCUUUAAAUAUUAAUUCAGAAGAAGCACAAACAAUGGUUAAUUUAUUAAAGAAAAGUAAUAUUGCAUUAGAUAUUGUUUCAUUUGGAGAGGUUGUUGAUAAUGCACCAGUUAUUGAACUAUUUCCAUCUCAAAUGGGAGAUGAUUGUACUUUAGUAACAAUUCCAGCAGGGCCACAUAUUUUACUUGAUAUGAUUUCUAAAACUAAUAUUAUUAUGAGAGAUGGCGGAUUAAAUACAUUUGAUCCAGAAUUUGAUCCAGAGUAUGCUGCUGCUAUUCGUGCAUCAAUGGGAGAUGUUAAUGGUGGAACAGAGUUCUAUGAUGAAGAUGCAGCAUUGAGAGCUGCUAUUGCAGCAUCAUUAGCAGAUUAUGAAAAUUUACAAACAACAAAUGUUCAUGAAUCAAAAAAAGAAGAACAGAAAGAAAUAACAAUGGAAGAAGAAAUUGAAAAAGCAAUUAAAAUGUCAUUAGAAGAUAAUAUUAAACCUAAUCAAUCUCAAGAAGAAAAGAAAGAUGAAAGUGAUAAUAAAAAAAUGGAAGAAGAUAAAAAAAAUAAAUAA